AUGGGAGCUUUACAUUCGGUGAUCACAGUGCUUCAGUCGCUCUUGCUACAGCAUGAAUUAAAAGUUUCUACAAAAACGUUGGAGGGGUUUGUGAAGGAGGUCGACCACGUGGUGUCCUGGUAUAUAUGCUCAGGGUCAUUAACGCUCACCUCCUGGGACAAAUUGGAGGGUGACUUGAUUAGAGAACAGCAGAAUGGGAAAUUAAAGCCUGGAACUAGACCGCUGUGGAAGCUAGUGAGAUCGUGUUUACAGGACGAGAAAUGCCACUCAACUGUAGCAGCUGGCCAGGGAGUGUUAGAGGAGUUGCAAGACAGCAUGUCAGAAACAGAGCGGGAUAAAAGAACCCUUCCAAAGAUGUCCAGUCUGUGGAAGCGAAAGAUAAGGAAAGGACGCCCUGGAAGAGAAGCCUCUGAGUCGGAGGAACUAAGCCCCUCUGAGGAUGAAGACUUAGAUGAAGAGGCAGCCUGCUAUGAGGAGGAAAGGUACCAUCCAGAUGAGCGGCCACAGCUGCAAAAUCGAAAGCAAAAGAAAACAGGAGAUAGGAACCGCACGGCCUCUCAGCCUGUUGCGCCCUCCCGACCUAUUGUCCCCAGUGCCCCUCUGCCUUAUGCGGACAGGUGCUGCUCAGACUCCUUCCUUUCAAAGGGAGAUAAAAGAAAGUUAUUACAAGCGUUUCUGGUGUUUGAGGUUGCGGAGGGAGGUUGCAUCCACGCACCGGUAGAAUAUACCCCUAUUAAGGAACUUGCUGAAUCAGUUAACAGAUAUGGAGUUGAUGCUAAUUUUACAAUCAUGCAGCUUGAGAGACUUGCCACUAUGGCGAUGACUCCGAAUGAUUGGCAAAAUACAGUAAAAGCUGCUCUCCCUAAUAUGGGACAGUACAUGGAAUGGAAAGCCUUAUGGCAUGAUGCUUCUCAAGUACAGGCAAGGGCCAACGCCAAUACGGAAGGCAAUCAAAGACAGUGGACGUUUGAAUUGUUAACAGGGCAAGGACAGUUUGUUAAUAAUCAGACAGACUACAAUUGGGGAGCAUAUGGCCAGAUCUCUGCUGCCGCUAUUAAAGCAUGGAAAGCCCUCUCAAAGAAAGGUGAGGCUGGGGGACACCCAACAAAAAUAUUACAAGGCCCCCAAGAGCCAUUCUCAGACUUUGUGGCUAGGAUGACAGAAGCAGCAGGCAGGAUUUUUGGAGACCCGGAGCGAGUUAAACCACUGAUAGAACAACUGGUGUAUGAAAAUGCCUCACCAGAGUGCAAGGCAGUCAUUACCCCUAGAAGAAGCAAAGGGUUGACAGACUGGAUAAAGGCAUGGAGUGCCUGGGGAAAGCCUAAAAUCCUUAAAACUGACAAUGGACCAGCUUACACUUCUCAAAAGUUUGGACAAUUCUGUCUCCAAAUGGGGGUGACCCAUCUGACGGGUCUCCCUUAUAACCCUCAAGGACAAGGCAUUAUAGAACGGGCUCAUCGCACUCUCAAGUCUUAUUUAAUAAAACAAAAAGGGGGAGUCGAGGAGGCUCUACCCUCAGUGCCACGAGUAACCAUCUCUAUAGCACUCUUUACUCUUAAUUUUUUAAAUCUGGACAGUCAGGGCCAUACGGUGGCUGACCAUCAUGUUUAGAGCCUGACAGGCCAAAGGAGAUGGUCAAAUGGAAAGAUGUCUUGACUGGUCAAUGGAAAGGCCUGUUGGGCUGCCAAACAAGCAAGGAGUGCCAUGAUUGCUAGAGUGCCACGAUGGAUCCGUGUUCCCAUCGAAACCCCAUCUACUUUGUCAUUAUUCAGACAAAAAAGAGAUUUUGGGAUAACUGCAGCUAUUAUAAUGGCGAUCUCCAUUAGUGCGGUUGCAGCUACAGCCGCCGGGAAUCGCUAUGUCAACCACAGUCCAAACAGGUGCAGUUUUAAAUCAACUAUCCGCAACAGUGGCAGACGCAGUUGA